AUGGAACUAAAUGCUAAACAUUGGCAAUUCUUAUGGAAUUUACAUAUCCCUCCUAAAUUACAGAUUUUCAUAUGGAGAGCUUUAUCAAAAGACUUACCUUCUGGCAUUGCUUUAGAAGAAAAAACAGGCCAAUCAUUUCCUUGUAUUCAUUGUGGUACAGCAGAAUCCAUUGAACAUAUACUGUUUUAUUGUCCUAUGCUUGUCCAGAUGGACUCAUCUAAAUAUAGUUGUACUCUAUUUUGCUUCCUACUUUGGCAUAUAUGGAAGGCUCGAAAUGAGGCAAUUUUUAAGCAGAGUAUGCUCAUACCAGCUAUCGUCUCUAAUUGGGCUGUGCAAGCUAGCUUAGAAUUUGCAUAUUGCUAUAAAUUGCUGAAUGUAGAAGAGCCUAUUCUUGCUAAGUCCUCUGCUAUUCAUAAUCAAUGGAAGCCUCCUCCAGAAGGUACAUUGAAAAUUAACUAUGAUGCUGCAUCUUCUGCUAAAGGCAAAUUUGGUACUAUAGGACUUAUUGUUUCGGAUUACAUGGGAAGAAUUAUAGCUCGACAUACUGCACUUGUACGACAUAUAUAG